CUUUGUCCCGACGCGCAAACGCGACGAUAAAAUAUUUUUAAUAAAAACGAAGCCCCAAAGAGAAGCUCGGCUUCUUCACUUCCUCGACCGCUCAAAGCUCCGGGCUUUGGACUCUUGCUCUUCCCUAAGAAUCUGUGGGUUCUACGCGUGCUGGAUCGAUUGGUUGCAAAAUUCCAUGAAAAGCGAGCGAUUUUGGGACGUCGUUCGUGACCGAAGUCGAACCUCGUGGUGUCGUGGGAGAGGUCUCGGUGGGGGUGGGGGUUUCUGAAUCCCUCCGUUUCUGUUAUAUUUUGCAAGUUUUGUUCCAGGAUUGGAACCGAGAGGGGAUUUCUAAGAUAUGGCAAGGUUUUGCUGCUUCGGCGCCGGCUGCUCUGAGUUGAUGGGGCACGCGUCAACGGCAUCUGGUAAAGGGAAAGGCUGUCAGGGCCAAGUCAAGGUCUGCUAUGGCUAUAACCUUGUAAGAGGGAUGACAAAUCAUCCAAUGGAGGACUAUCAUGUUGCGGAACUUGUCGAAGUGAAAGGAAAUGAGCUUGGUCUUUUUGCCAUUUUUGAUGGUCAUCUAGGAGGCACCGUUGCUGCAUACUUACAGAAGAAUUUGUUUUCAAAUAUUUUGAAUGAUGAGGAGUUUUGGACACAUACAGAUAGAGCAAUCUCAAAAGCUUAUGAAAAGACAGACCAAGCUAUUCUGUCACAUACUCCAGAUUUGGGACAAGGUGGCUCCACUGCGGUAACUGCCAUUCUUGUAAAUGGCAAGAAGUUGUGGGUAGCUAAUGUUGGGGAUUCAAGAGCUGUCCUUUUAAUAGGUGGUGAGGCCAUACAGAUGUCAAUAGACCAUGAUCCAAAUGUUGAGCGUAGCGUAAUUGAAAAUAGAGGUGGCUUUGUUUCAAACAUGCCAGGAGAUGUUCCCCGAGUAUGCGGCCAGUUGGCUGUCUCCAGAGCUUUUGGAGACAAGAAUCUAAAAUCACUCUUGAGAUCAGAGCCCGAUAUAAAAGUCAAAGACAUUGAUCACACUGCCGAGCUACUUGUCCUUGCGAGUGAUGGCCUUUGGAAGGUAAUGAACAAUCAGGAAGUCGUUGAUUUGGCCAAAAGGUUCAAGGAUCCAUAUGCAGCUGCCAAGAAAUUAACCGCUGAAGCGCUAAAAAGAGAGAGUAAAGAUGACAUAUCGUGCAUUGUUGUUCGCUUCAAGGUGUAAAUUGAUGGCAGGUGACUCACGGAGGAUUGUCACCGCGAGCACGAGUUAAACAGCAGACUUAGGCCGCCCGACGACUGUAGUGGUAAUCCAAAGAAUAAUUAGUUAAUUACUGGGAUGUUGGUUGUAAAUGAUUUGUCGGCUCCAUUGUAAGUUCAUAUACAAGUAUGCUAGGAUUAUUUGUUUGGCGAUUCAAAGGUACAUGUGUGAGGGCCCAUAAGCUGUCUAAUUAGCUUUUCAUCUGUAAAUAAUGGUUGCAGAUAUUGGAAGUUCGUGCUCCAUUGUGAAUUUGUGAGAGUAGAUUAGGUAGUCAUUUGGACAGUUCCUAAAAGAAUAGCAAGAUUCCCAAGUUUCUUUCUA